AUGAGACCUAGCCGCGAAACGGCGAGAUUUGUCUGCCUCAGCCAAGGCUUGCUGCUGGUCACGAGGCGAGAUCUCGCGGGAGCCGAGGAUGACGUCAUGCGCGAGGCCCUAGUAACACCUCCCAUCAGGAGGGAGGUGGUGCGGGCAGUUCAGGUCGACGAAAUCUCGCGAGACUUUGACGAUUUCGUGUUCGUUGGGGCCGGGAGGGCUGUUCUUUUGAUGUUAUCGUUCUGCCCCAGUUUGUGGUCUUUGGUUUCUCAAGAUGCUGGACUUCUGGCCCAAGGAAGGGCCCAGCUGCAGCAGGCCCAUGAGCUGUCUCGACACCCUCGCUAUGGUACUUGUUGGACGGCAGCCUUGGGGCACCUAGAUACUAAGUGCAGGGAGUUGGAUGAGGAGAAGCAGAGCCGCAUUGCACUUGCGUUUGCCCAUUGCCACCUACAACGGUCCGGGAGGAGGUUUCCCCGCUGUGAGCCGAGCAGCUCCAUCCAAGACUGCACGCAGCACAUGGACUCCGUGGCCUUUGGGGUGUACACAGAGUUUUUCACCCAUGCUCAUAGUAUCUGUUAUUUCCUGCACAAUGAGGCCUGGCAGGAGCGAGCCCACGAGACCAUACACAGGCUGACGUCCUCUUCGGAGACUGUGGCCCGCCAACUGGAAUCCACCAACCAGCUUGCUGAAGAGACCGCCCGGGCACAGAAUGCCACCUUGCGCUCUCAGGAGCAGAUCCUGCUUGAUGGGGAGCUGCUACGGCGGACGCUCCAUGAAUCCUCUCUAGGCCUACGCCAGGCCUUCCAAGAGUUGCAGGAUUCAGCAGUCGAGCAGCGCGUCACCUUUGCUGAGAUCUUCAACCGGGUGUCAUUCCUGCACCGUUUCAUAGUGGGGGAGUCCAAUGCUCUCUACUCCAUCUUCUUCCAUCUCCUGAGUGGAGCCGCCAGCUUAGUGCUGAGUUCUAGCCAGCGAACUGCAGGAGCACGGUUCGUUUUGCUGACCUUAGUGGGAGCUAACAUUUACCUAGAACGUGUCAUCUGCAGCCUUCUGGUGGAUAACGCGGAGGAGAGCCAUGACCUGACGGAGAGCAUUUCCUUCUGGGUGGGCCUGUCGCGCCGGGGGUUUGGUGGUUUGGGCUUGGCCGUCGUGGCUUUUUUCAUCUGGACCUACAAGGAUCCAGCCAAACAGAGCCAAGAGGUGCUGGAAAGCCUACAGGAGACCAGGACAGAGAUUCGGCGGCUUCUACAAGAAACGGAGAUGCUAUUGGCUAAAACACCACUCCUGCUUCAAGACUCUGAGCUCAGUGCAGAAAGUGAGGUAUUCACGGACUCAGGAUUCCCAGAGUUGCCGUCCUAUUCAGGGUGUAGAGCUGAAAUGCAAGUAAAAGGACAUUGGGCUGGCCAGCAAAAAAGGGAAGAGACAUGGACUAGCAGCCCCAAGCGGAGAGGACGCUCCCCUUCCCGCUCCCAUCGCUCACCAGCCCACCUACGCAGUCGGACCCGGAGUGCUGCUGCCCAACCGCUGACUAUCCCUGUACCUUUGGAGGGGGCUUUACAGUACAACCUGCGGAGCCGGCGGUCCCUAGGAGCCCCUUGCUCUCCAAUCAGCCACUAAAGCUCAGCUUCAGAUACAGAUGAGAACACUCCAGCGAUACCUUGACACACACUUGCAGAGCCGACGUUGGGAGAUCUCUCAUGGCAGGGUAGAAAUAAACGUCCCUGUCUGAAGGAGCAAAUGAACUCAAGUUUUCAGUUUCCCCAUUCAGUAAGGGAUGUUCUUUUGGACAAUGUGUGUUUUGGUGCAACAGUCAUACCCAGAAGUGGGACUAAAAUGCUGAGAUUGAGGAUUCUAUUCACUGGUCCUUAUGUGUAUAUAUUUAAAAAAGCUCAUCUCCACAAGGUACUAAGCUACUUGAGUCAGGCAGUGGCAUGUAAAAAAAUAAUAUUGUGUGCUGUGGUCAAGAUGUCUCCCAUUCAAGCACACCCUGCUUUUUUUUCCUUUUCUUUUUUUCUUUUUUUUUAAGACCCAGCUAAUCUUGAUU